AUGGAAGAACAAGAACAACACAACAUGGAAGUAAGGAUGGAAAUUGAAGAUUUGAAAGGAAGCAUCACCCAACUUACUGAGAUGCUGCAAGUGUUGAUAGCAAGGGGAGCUGAACCUCAAAGGACUGUCAUUGGAGAAGUCACCGAAGCUAUUGAGGAUCCCAUUCCUGUUCAGAGGCCGCCUUCCUCUUGGCCAGAAUUUGGUUUGCCACACAAUUACAGUCUCCCAUAUGAGAAAGCUUUGGAAGCAGGGCCUUCUACUCAAGAAGAUGUGCAGAUACCAGUCAUCACUGAGCAACCACCAAUCAUUCACACUACGGUUCAGCCUCCUUUCCCGAAUCCUCCUUUCACUUACCCUGUUGAUAAUUCCCAACACGGUGAUCAAGAGCAGAACAAUGAGGUGGAGGAUGUGAAAGAAAAGUACAAUGUCCUCGAGAAAAGGUUGAAAGUUGUAGAAGGAAACGACAUCUUUGGUUUUGAUACCAUGAACCUCUGCUUGGUUCCUGACUUGACUAUACCUGCAAAGGUCAAGGUCCCUGAAUUCGAGAAAUACAAGGGGCACACUUGUCCAAAAGAUCAUCUGACUAUGUACUUUCGUAAAAUUGCUGCUUAUGCCAACGAUGACAAGUUACUCAUCCACUACUUUCAAGAUAGCUUGACUGGAGCCUCUAUGAAAUGGUACAUGAGUUUGAAGAAAGAUCAUAUUCAAACAUGGAGAGAUUUGGGUGAAGCCUUCCUCAAACAGUACAAGUACAACAUGGACUUGGCCCCUGAUCGUAGACAACUUCAGACUUUGACCAUAGGAGAUAGGGAGACUUUCAAAGUAUAUGAUCAGCGCUGGAGAGAUUUAGCUGCUCAGAAUCCACGAGCAUCAUUCGCUCCUUACUACACAUAUCUGUAUGUUGCUACUUCUCAACAACCAUACAUUCCGAUGCCUGCACAUCAACAACCAUGGAAUGCUUCUCAACAUAAUGCUUCUACAAUUGCUCCUCAAAAUUCUCAACAGAAUCAUAAUGGGCAGCAGAAUCAGAAUAGGCCUCAGAAGAAAAAGCCUCGCCGCAUCGAUCCAAUUAUGAUGACUUACACUUAA